CCCGAUGCCCUAAAAGACAUGACAAACCUUUUCGAAGUUUGUCAGUGGCUAGUUCUAGAAAGGCCGGAUAUAUUAGUAACAGCUAAUCAAAUGCGCAAUGCCAUGCAAACGUCUUUAGAUUCAUCUACUGUUAUGAUAUCUCAGUCCGAAGUAACAAUAGCAUCAAGGAAUAUUACUGAUGAUAAAAAAAGACACUCAGGAGAACAAAUAUCAAUACCAUCGAGAUCUGACAUCAACAAAUUUAUUACUCAAGAAGUUGUUGAGCAAAUAUUAAAAAGGUAUUUGAGUGGCACUAAUAUGGAUAAACUAACGAGGUGUGGAACUAUGGACCAGCUUACUAAAUUAAUCAAAAAGGCGUUUAAAAUAUUUUUUACCACUUACAAUACUAAAGCAGAUGCAAAGUUCCGAGUAGAUCUGGCAAAAACAUAG